AUUCUAAUGAAACACUUUCCUUUCUUCAUCUGAAACAAUCAAAAACCUAUAUUAGAACUCACUACCUUCAAAUCUUGUUAGAAAAAUUAAUAUCCAUCUCAAAGUAAAAGAUGAAAUGGAGACCAAGUUCAUAUUUUGGAGCCAAUGGCUGUUUUUUCUAUGAGAAAAAAGUUAUUGAAUAAGUCACUGCCUUCAAAUCUUGGUAAAAAAAUAAGAUCCAUCAAGUAGCGAAAGAUGAUUGUAAUACCUCAAAGUUUUCCUAAAUUCUAACGCCUAACAGGGGUCGUUGGUGUUUCUGGUUUUGUGCAUAAUUUCUUCUUCACCAGAAGCACCAAUUUGCAAUAAAGAUUCAAACUUUACAAGAAAUUGAACUUUUUUCUAUGUUGGUUACGACAAGUCACAGUCCUUCAGCUUCAGCUUCCUCAUGCUCUUAUGGUGGAAAUAUGGCNGAAAAAUCUGAUCUUGGAUUUGGGGAUUUGGAUAAUUUGUUGCCUGAACUUGCCGGCUCCGACCAGACCCUUUUCCGGUGUAUCUCCGGCGAUAUGGAGGACCCAUCAGUCAGCUUGAAACAGUUACUCCAAGGAGGAAAUGCAAAUGCUGAUUUGGGUUGUGGAGUUUCUGUUCAAAGCUCUGGUUUUGAGGUCUCAGCUGCAGGUUCUUUAGCUCAUACAGAUAAUGUCUCUUUUUCUAAUUCAAAUCUCCUUCUAAAUGCUAACAUUGAGAAAAUUGGAUCUGUCAUAAACUCAGACAACAAGCAAAAUGUUAAUUUUGAACACCUGAAUGUCAAUCUUUUGGCAAGAAAUUUACCUCCUGCUUUGAGCUUUCAAGAACAACCAUCAGAACAGAAUUCUGCUUAUGUUAACAUGUUAGGCUCAUUAUCAUAUGAUAUAAGUCAAGAACAGCCCCCGCCCAAACGCCACAAUUCGGGUACGCUUGGUUCAAGCUUAAGUGCUCUAUUGCCUGAAGUUCCAUUUUUUGACUCCAGUGGUGACUUAUUGCUGAGGAAACAACCAUUGGGACAAAUGCGGCAGCAAGUCAAUUUUCUGCCUUUUCACCAGUUUCAGCAAAAGCCAUUAAUUGUACCUAAGCUUGAGGCAGCUGGUGGUGGUGGUAAUGGUAAUUUGAUAGUGCCUCGUCAUCAACAGCAGGAACAACAAUUUAUUUAUGACCAGUUUUUUCAGGCCUCUGAAUUAUUACUGGCCGGACAAUUCUCAAACGCGCAAAUGAUAUUGGCGCGGCUCAAUCAACAGCUCUCUCCCAUUGGCAAACCCUUCAAGAGGUCUGCUUUUUACUUCAAAGAGGCUCUGCAGUUACCUUUCCUUUUGCCUUGUACAUCCACAUCUUUUCCACCAAGAAUUCCCACCCCAUUUGAUUGUGUGCUUAAGAUGGAUGCUUAUAAGGCCUUUUCUGAAAUAUCUCCACUUAUCCAGUUCAUGAAUUUCACCUCCAAUCAACCUAUUCUUGAAGCUCUUGGGGAUGCCAAGCAAAUUCACAUAAUAGAUUUUGACAUUGGCUGUGGUGCUCAAUGGUCCUCAUUUAUGCAAGAACUCCGGAGCAGCAAUAGAAAGGCAACUUCUCUAAAGAUUACUGCCUUUGUAUCUCCUUCAACCCACCACUCCGUUGAGAUUGGCAUCAUGCACGAAAGUUUAACGCUGUUUGCUAAUGAUGUGGGAAUCAGAUUUGAGCUGGAAGUUAUUAACUUGGAUUCCUUUGACCCUAAGACUUAUCCCUUAUCCUCCUUGAGGUCAUCUGAGUGUGAGGCUAUUGCUAUUAAUUUCCCCAUCUGGUCUAUUUCAAGUUGUCUAUUUGCAUUUCCUUCACUUCUUCACUGUAUGAAGCAGCUUUCACCGAAAGUUGUUGUAUCAUUGGAACGUGGAUGUGAACGUACUGAACUCCCCUUAAAGCAUCACCUCCUCCAUGCCCUCCAAUAUUAUGAGAUACUCUUAGCCAGUAUUGAUGCUGCUAAUUUAACUCCAGAGAUUGGGAAAAAAAUUGAGAGGUCUCUUCUCCAGCCUAGCAUUGAGAACAUGGUCUUGGGGCGCCUCCGAUCCCCUGAUCGAAUGCCCCCGUGGAGAAACCUAUUUGCUUCUGCAGGAUUUUCACCUAUUGAAUUUAGUAAUAUGGCUGAAAUUCAGGCUGAAUGUGUUGUUAAGAGAACUCAGGUAGGAGGAUUUCACGUCGAGAAGCGCCAGACGUCGCUUGUGCUAUGCUGGAAGCAGCAGGAGCUCUUGUCAAUUUUGGCUUGGAGGUGCUGAGGAGCUUUAUCUAAUGAAAGCCAGAAGACUCUUUCCAUUUAACAGCUACAUUUCCUAGAGGUUUUGACUCUUCAAUUUGAUAGUCUGUUCAAAAUUUAAUCUACAUUGCUAUCACCUCCACUGUUGCCUGUAAAUUCUUUUUGGUACAUCUAAUUCUCCAUAUGUAGUCUUGACUGUAGGCAAGCAUUCCUACGUGUAAACAGAAUCUUAACCACUUUCCCUGUUUGAAAAUCUGCGUAGUAUCUUUCAGCAUUUCACUGUGUAUUAAUUGCUUUCUUUUUUACCUUGUUUAAUAAUAUUAAAAAAUCGUCCAUUUCUCCA